AGACACAGUCUUGCUGCCAUUGCAAUAUUCAGAAGUUUAUCAAUAUAUUAUUACCUUAACUAAAUUAAAACUGAACCAAAUAGAGGUCCAUCGUUAGAAGGAUUUCCAGAAACAGGAAAAAUAACAACAACAAAGAAAAUGGUUAAUAGGUUUAGAUUCGAUUGAUUUGGUUUUCACUAAAGAGUUUAAUAUCAAAAUUAUAUGGGGGAUGAGACACUAUUUGCAGAUAUAUAAUUUGUAGGGGAAUUAUGUUUAUUGAUUAAAAAGAUACUAUUGCAUUAAAAAGAUGACUCAAAAUUUAAGAAGCUUCAUGGAGAAUCGUAUCUAUUCUACUAUCAUUUGAAAUAAAUAGAAAUUGUCGAUUAAUAUGUAAUAGAAAAUAAGAAUUUGAUACUGCAAUAUUUAAAAGAAUUGAUUUUAUUUUCUGUUAAAAUUCCGUUUGCCAUAUCAUUAGAUAAGACAAGAGAUGUCACCAAGGUAUGGUAAACAAACUACUGAUAAGGUGAGAGAAAGACUUAGUCUAAAUUGA